UCUCAUUGUUCAGAGCAAGCUAACUUUUGCUAACGUGGUAGUCAGAAACUGACUGACACCUUGCAGCUUGUAAUCGCUUUCGCACGCAAAUAUUACUUGGGAAUUUUUUUUAAAACACUACAAUAGUGAAUUACAUCCACUAUGAGCAAAAGAAAAGCACCACAGGAAUCUCCAAACGAAGGAAUAACGGACUUUCUCAUCGAGUUGGCCAACUACGAGAAAAAUGUCAACAGGGCAAUACACAAGUACAAUGCUUACAGGAAAGCAGCAUCUACCAUUUCUAAAUACCCAAGCAAGAUUAGGAACGGAGAAGAAGCAAAAAAACUGGAUGGUGUUGGUGCCAAAAUAGCAGAAAAGAUUGAUGAAUUUCUACAAACUGGCAAACUAAGAAAACUAGAAAAGAUCCGAAAUGAUGAUACCAGCUCUUCCAUCAACUUCCUCACUAGAGUUACUGGAAUUGGCCCUGCUGCCGCCAGGAAGUUUUUUGAAGAAGGGGUGAAGACAUUAGAUGAUUUGAAAAAGGUUGAGCACAAACUUAACCACCAUCAAAAGAUUGGACUCAGGUACUUUGAAGAGUUUGAGAAAAGGAUCCCAAGAGCUGAAAUGGAACAAAUGGAGGCUCUUAUCAUUGCUGAGUUGGAGAAAAUUGAUCCAGAAUAUAUUGGAACAAUAUGUGGAAGCUACAGAAGAGGUGCAGCGUCGAGUGGUGAUAUUGAUAUUUUGCUGACCCACCCAAACUACACCUCGCAGACUGAGAAACAGCCCAAGCUCCUCCAUGCUGUGGUUGAACACUUGGAGUCCAUUGGCUUUGUGACUGACACUCUGUCCAAAGGAGACACCAAGUUCAUGGGUGUCUGCCAACUGCAGCAGAGCAAUGAUGAUGAGGAUGAGGAAGAAUACCUUCACAGGCGUAUUGACAUUAGGUUGAUUCCCAAAGACCAGUACUACUGUGGAGUUUUGUAUUUCACUGGAAGUGACAUCUUUAACAAAAAUAUGAGAGCUCAUGCUUUGGAGAAGGGCUUCACUCUAAACGAAUACACCAUACGACCACUUGGUGUCACUGGUGUGGCAGGAGAACCUCUGCCGGUGGACAGCGAGAGAGACAUUUUUGAAUACAUCCAGUACAAGUUUAAAGAGCCCAAAGAUCGCAGCCAGUAAAGGACAACAGUAAAGCCUCCAGCUAAAACUAUCUUUGAAAUAGAGCUGAACUGGAAAAAAAAAAGCUGCGUUUAUGUUACUUUUGAAUAGUUUCGCUUGUGAUACAACAAAGGAAACUACCGAGCGUUUUAUUUAAUGACUCAAUAAUGUUUUAAUUGAGAAAUGCACAGAUUUGGAGAAAAAAAAUCUUUCUGGAUGUGAUUCAACUUUAUUGUAGCUUAUGAAUCAAUGUAAAAAUUGACCUGUUUGAGCUUUUCAAUUUAUUACCCAAAGUGGUAUUAUACUUCCUGAAACAUGAGUUUGUUCAGAGAAAAGUUUGCUUCUUAUCAUGAUGACAUGUUUUCUUUAUUUGUAUUACACUUUUUUUCCUUGUGGGUUAUUUUUUUUACAUCCUUUAUUGUGGGCAGACUGUAUAGAAAUGUUACAAACAUACAAUGUGAUAGUUUCAGUUUCCACUUGUACACUAAAUUCUUAAAAAAUUAACUGAAUUCUUAAAUAUGUUUUUUUUUUAAUGUGCUUAAAAACUUGAAUCCGCCAUGAUAUUUUUUGUUAUGAAUAAGCAAUAUGCAGUAGAUCGCAGUAAAUUAUUCUUUGCUUUCAAACAUGAAUAAAAUGUGUCAUUGUGU